AUGUCAUUCACUUCACAGAACUAUUCCCUGAUUACCGGCGAAGACGAGGACGCUCAAGAGAAAGCAUUCUCGAGCCAGCUCACGAUCCGACCUGUCGAGGUCAGAAGGCAUCGGUGGUGGCCUUGGGCGCUUCAUGGCGCCUUGAUCAGCUUGUACACCAUCGUGUUCCUGACCUGGGCGGUAUCUCUACAUCGUUCUCGCUCUGUGAAAUUUAAUAAGUGCGCUUCAAAGCAAUCAAUGUACUCCCCAGCCCACGAAGCCGUUCACUAUGAAACUAUUCGCUUCAAUGGCUCUCUCGACUUCCCAUCGCCGUAUGCGGGACCCCCAAGUCCAGCCAUCGACGCUGCUUGGGAUCGCAUCACGACAAACAACGCGCUGUGGACGAUCCGCCUCUCAGAUGACGACCUGAGGCGCAUUCACAAAGCUGGGAGACCUUCUAACGUGAGGUACCGACUCGAAGACGGCGGUGGUAAUAUGGGUUCCAUCGAGGUCUUCCACCAACUUCACUGCCUUAAUAUGCUCCGGAAGUACACAUACCCGAAGGAGUAUCCUGAGCUCCAGAAUUUGUGGACGACGCGACCCAAGUUUAUUCGUAGCCAUUUAGACCACUGUAUCGAGAUGAUUAGGCAGAACCUCAUGUGCGCUAGCGACAUCGGUGUCAUAUCGUAUGAUUGGAUCUCCGGCUGGGACAAGCCUUUCCCCGACUUCAACACAUACCACAAGUGCAGGAACUUCGACAGCAUCUUGGAUUGGGCGGAGAGGCAUCGCGUUCGUGUCCCUUCUUCACAUAUCCAGCGCUCGGGAGACGAGAUUGACCUCGAACUAGUAGUGAUAAAAGCACAUCAGUUGGAACUUUGA